AUGGAGGCUCUGCCCGGCAGCGCGUGCGGCUGGUUUGCUGACAGCUCUCUCCUAUCUCCCCCCCUCUCUGUGCCCCAGGAUGCCAAUCCCUUCGCUUCCCUCGUCUUUUACUGGGAACCCCUCAACCGGCAGGUCCGAAUCGAGGGCUCGGUGAAGCGGCUGCCGGAGGAGGAAUCGGAGCGGUACUUCCACUCCCGCCCCAAAAGCAGCCAGAUCGGGGCCGUCGUCAGCCGGCAGAGCACCGUCAUUCCGGACAGGGAGUAUUUAAGGAAGAAGAACACGGAGCUGGAGGAGCGGUACAGGGAGAUGGUGGUGCCCAAGCCGGCGUACUGGGGGGGCUACAUCCUGCAGCCAGACGUUGUGGAGUUCUGGCAGGGCCAAACCAACCGCCUGCACGACCGCAUCGUCUUCCGCCGCCUGCGGGAUGGCUCGGCCCCCCUGGGAGACAUGACACACCGGGGAGAGGGCGAGUGGGUCUUCGAACGCUUCGCCCCGUGAGGCUGCUGGUGCCUCCGGCUGCGUUCGCCCGAUCGGGAGUGUCACCUGUGCUAAACCUGUCCCCUGUUGUGCCCCGGGAAAUGGGGCUGGUCUCGUUUUACCCUUCCCCGGGAGGACCACGUGCUGGUGGGGGGCCCCUAUCCAGCCCCAGAGACCCUCCUCUCCCUUCGCUUCCCCGUGGGUCCCAGAGACCAGCUGCUCCCCCUCGCCAGCCCGUGGGGAGCGACGGCUCCCAGUGCUGCUGGUGGUUAAUUCAUCACGUGAAUGAUGAUGGAGGGACCAGGAAAGACCCCAGCGAACCCCCUGCCCGUGUCCUGCCGGUGCCUCGUGUUUCACCUAGAACCCUGCGGCGUGCUCUGUCUGUGCCAUAACUUAUUGAACCGCGGCUUUAAUGUCACCAGUCUGUGCAGUAACUUAUUGAAUUGCAGCUUUAAUGUCACCACCGUGUCACCGGCGUUCGGGGCUGGCCCUGUGUGUUGACACCAGCGCACUAUGGGACCCCAACCCCUCAGCCUGUGUGUUUGGGGGGGGCACCGGCGGGUGCUGCUCCCUGUUCCCCCCGCAGCUGCCUGUCAGAGCUUGGAAAAAAUAAAUCCCGAUCGGCGCGGA